AUGCUUCCCUCAUCUCUCAGCGCAAGAGACCGACUGAGAAGAACAAAAUCCACCCGUUCUAUCCGCAGAACCCGCCAACCUUCAUUCUCCUCAGAGCCCUUCGAUCCCGACCUCGCCAGAUCUCAGGCCAUGGCAGCCGCUACUCAAGCCAUGCGUCGCUCCAACAACCGAUCGUCGAUGGACUAUAGACGCUCUUACGAUCGAUUGGGUGGCCCUGAGAACGUGGCUGUUCCUUCACGACGUCGGCUAACAGAGACUGCGUCUCCAAUGGAUGAGCCGUCGCCAAACCUGUCAAUGGCCUGCUAUAUGGAGAACCAGGAUACCUACCCCGCUGCUUUGCCGCCGAUCAACGAGUUUGGGGGACUUGAUGGGCGCAUGGCCAGUCAGCCGUCGUCAUAUCGGAAGCUGAGAAAGGCCAAGUCUAUGUUUUCUACGAGGCAGCGGGCAGCUCCUGUUCCUUAUGGCGGGAUUUCUUCGGAACAAUACAGCAGUCCGGUCGCCAGUCAGGAGGGGUCGGCUGAUAAUGCUCGUCCUCACGGCACGCUGCGACGAUCGAUGUCUUUUCUUAAGGGCGGGAGCCAGCGGACUCGAUCAAUUCGACAUGCGAAGAGUCAGGAUGUUGCGAUUCAGUUGGCCCGUACACAGUUUGCUCAAGGCCGCAAGCCGUCUUUGACUACGCUGAGGCCUAGGAAGGAGCAGAAACCGUUUAGAAAGUCUUUCCGUAACCCUAGUGAGUCUAUCACGGAGACUGGUGGUACGCCAGUCAGCGAACGGUCCAAGAACGGCGGUGCGAUUCACGGCAAGGCACGGUCUCUGUCUUCGUCCAUCAAGAAAGGAUUGAAGCGUGUCUUAGGACUUUCGAAGCCUGCUGAAGAGCAAAGCCAAGCACCGGAGUCGCCCGUUGUCCAAAACCAGUGGAACUAUGCGCAUUCUUCGACUCCGUCCAGCGCCAACCAAGACUACGUGCCUGACAGCGACUACUCUUAUUUCAACAGUCCCGAAGAACGAUUUGUCAGCCCUGCCCGGCCACCUACUCUGCGUAGUAGCCGCAGCUCUGAAAGUCUUGCUACGUCUCGAUCGCGUGUCACAAGCUGGGCUGACUCGACCGUUCCGAACACUGUCACGACUAAGAGGGCUGGCGACAUGAAUUCAUUGUCGAUUAUCGAUGAGAAUGGAACACCCGGUGGCAGGUCUAGAGCGGGAUCUCCUAGACCCAAUACAUCUAUUGAAGGUCAGCGGUUGUACUCUGCGUUGAUGAAACACAUUGGUAGAACCCAAGCGGAAGUUCCUGACGAACAAAUUGUGCUUGGUCGUGUGAAGGAACAUCGUCCGAUUCCAGAGCGUACUUCGUCGCUUCGCAAAUGUCGUAGCAAACAGACCAUCCGCCAGAUUCCGAGCGACGAAUCAUUGCAUUCUCGAUUGUCAUAUGCCACGGCCAACGGCGGCGCGAUCACUCCUCAGCGACUAAGGCCACGCCAACCCAAAUGUCAUGUUCAACAUGGAUCGAGAUACUCUCAAAACAAAGAAGUUGAUCGACCCGACGAUACUUCGAGUGUUCGCAGACAGCCGCUGGGCUCACUCUACGAGGCUGGAGAGGAUUCCGACGGCGCUGGGAGCGUCAUUGUUGAUCGGUCGAAGAACGUUGAUGCAGAUUCCCCUAGUAUAUAUUCCCGCACGACAAGUGGAGACUCACCUACAAGGAACGACCAAGCCGCUGGCCGUAUUGUCGAAGCGAAAGAGGAACCAGGAAUGGCGAUGGUAUACGAGAGCCAAAGGACUGUGUACAGGUCUCCGAAACGGGCAGCUCGUUCUGGAUCUACUGCAACUGUGCAGCCGAGUGCUGACUGGCAGAAGUGGAUGAACUCGCAGAUUGCGAGGAUCGAACAUACUCCAACGCGAGAGCAUUACCGAGAAGACGCGCAGAUUCACGAUGAUGAUGAAACUGAUGAAAUCAAUGCUCUCACACGUGGUAUGGGGAGCGGCAGCGACACGGUGAAACGCUUCAAUCCUACCAUCAGCCUUAGCGAUACUGGAGAGUUUUCGAUCAACAUGAACGCCCCUGCGACGAACAACUUCUCCCGACCGUUCAGUCGAUCUUCAAGUGUCCGCAGUACAACAAAAUCCCAGAAUCAAUAUGCCGCAGACCACAGAGAUCUGGAAUGUGGAUCCUCGCUGUCGCUAAGGACUAGUAGCCGACACCAGACCCCCGAGUCUCCUACUCCGAAAAGAAACACGACAGAAUCUCCACAGCAGAGAAUGGCCACAAGGCAGUAUCGUCGUUACCAGACUUCCCGGAUGCCGAUGGGUCGCGAUGCCAAAUCAGUACCCUUCCGAUCCAUUCGCGACCAACGGGGCUACGGACCAGUAACAGACGAGAAUCAUUCCCCGAUCUCCUCCAAGAAAAUGGUUGAUAGCUUUUUGGACAGCCGCCGGAGACCGAUUGAAAUGGAGAUGCCGGGCGAUGAUGGUACAGGGGCGUUCAUUUGA